GAAGAAAAAGAGAUGUUCCCUGCAGAUGUUUCCUGAUAAUCUGUGUUGCUUCACAGCCAGUGGACCUUUCUCUCUGAAGAGAUCUAGUUUUUUGUGAACCCUCUGCAUGGGAUGGCAAGGGGUUUUCUGGCACAAACGGUUACAGUAAUUUCUCUUACAUUUUCUGCUGUUACUGCUCGGUCUUCUUACUGCUGCUAUCUCUACCCGUUAUUCCAGUCAGCCAGGAAUCAAGCCAUCUGCUCACAUUCAGGAAGACACCGGUUCCACAGUAACACUGCUAGAAUGUCUUGUUAUAAACAUCCAAAAGAAAAUUUACACAACAAAGCUAGGACAUCCCCCUAUCCAGGAUCAAAGGUCGAUCGCAGUGAAGUGCCCAAUAAUAAGGUGGACUGGUCGACCAGAUGGGAGGACUAUAGUCCCGUUGAAUACACUGCACGCUCUGUUCUGGCAGGACCUCAGUGGGCAGAUCCAGAGAUUGGGGACAAGAAUUUUUCUCCCAAGUUCAACGAGAAGGACGGGAAAGUGGAAAGGAAGAGCCAGAACGGCACAUACGUGGUUGAAAACGGAAGGCCCAGGAAUCCAGUGGGCAGAACAGGAAUAGCUGGUCGGGGUCUUUUGGGGCGUUGGGGGCCCAACCAUGCUGCAGAUCCUCUGAUAACUAGGUGGAAGAGAGACGGCAGCAGCAAUAAGGUGGCUCACCCAUCUUCUGGCAGAAACAUCUUGCAGUUCAUCGCCAUCAAGAGGAAAGACUGUGGGGAAUGGGCCAUCCCAGGGGGCAUGGUGGACCCAGGGGAGAAAUUAUCCGCUGCUCUGAAACGAGAGUUUGGCGAGGAGGCUUUGAACUCUUUGCAGAAGUCUGGUGCCGCUAAAGAAGAGCUGGAGAAGCAGCUGAACAGGCUUUUCAGUCAGGAUCAUUUUGUGGUAUAUAAGGGGUAUGUGGAUGACCCCCGUAAUACAGACAACGCGUGGAUGGAGACAGAAGCAGUAAACUACCACGAUGAAUCUGGGGAAACCAUGGAUAACCUGCCCCUGGAAGCCGGGGAUGAUGCUGGGAAAGUGAAAUGGAUCGACAUUAGUGAAAAGCUUAAGCUGUACGCCAGCCAUGCUGACUUUGUCAGGAUGGUAGCAGAGAAAAGGGAAGCUCACUGGAGUGAACACCCUGAUCUUGGGUGCCACGGUGGGACAGAGAUCAAAGAGUGAACAUGAGCCAUGAAAUAUCAGGUGCCAGUCCAGCAAAGGAAUGAGGUGUUAGUGCUGCUUUGAGAGGAACUAGUUUAUUGCAGGAAAUGUAAGCAGCCAAAGCUUUUAUUUACAUCCCCUUGAUUUCAGUGGGAUACAUUUAAGCAUCUGCUUAACGCUUCUGUGAAAAUUCAGAAUGACUUAAAAGUGCUUAAUUUUGGCUGCAUUCUUCUUAACAGACAAUAUCGUCCAAGGACUGAAUAAUAUGUCUUCUGCUUCCCCUAUGCUUUUCAUGUACAGAGAAGUAAAUACAGGAUGUGAGGAUGUGGGUUUUUUAAUCUUGAUUAACAGGCACGUUUUUGAGAAACAAAACCCAAAUUACAAAAGCCCUUGUCAUUCUUAAGUGGCUUGCAUGAUCUUGCUCUUGAUGUAAUUGUGAGUUUCCAAGGAGGGAGAAUUUGGGUACUGGAAGAGCCUGGCUGUCUUGCUUUGCUCUUCCUCCUCCUUUCCCACGGCCAGAUAAACUUUUCAGACCCACAGAACUCUUUCUGUUCUUGUGCAGCAUCACUAAGUGUCAAGCAGUCAUGACUUCUGUACCAGUUUGUUGGCCACAGAUCUUUUGUAUGCUGAUGCUGACCUUAUGUUAGGAAGAUUAAACCUCGCACUGUUGCCAUUCCAAAACUCAUCAAAACAGUCCUAAAGUGAUUAAGGAACCGAACCUUUGAGCCAGAACCCGAACUGUUUCCAUAUUCACCAUACAAACCACCAGCAAGGCACAAUAAGUACAAGAAAUUAACAGCAAUCUCCACCCCAUUGUCAUCGUGGAGAAAUAAACAAGAAAAUCAUAGAACUAAUUGGAAGAAAAUGGAACAUAGGUUUCAACCCAAGGGACCAUGAAUGCAACUUAGUUGGAGAAGUAUUCCACAUAGAUACAAAGAUAACUUAGAAUUGAAAUGCACCUGCAAUAUUAGUAGUUGCGUUGAUUGUAAGAAUGUAACCUGGGUUCCAUGUGUAAACCUGCGGCAUAUCUGAUUUCUUCCUCUGAUUGAGCUCUUUUUACAGUUCCAGAGGGUCCUCUGAGAUUCAUAAACAGGGUUGUUAAGACUAUCCAGGGAGACUGCAAUAAGGCAAGGUCCUCAGAAGCUCUACUGGGCAUGCUGCCCUUUAAGCUCCCAGCUGCAGACAUAACUUGCUUGAACCCACCAGCAUUUUAAAAAUGUUUACGAGUUCCCGUGACCCCAGCACCAAGGCGAUUGUGACCUGUCUUCGUCCACUCUGCAGGCUGACCUUUUUCCCCAGGUGACCGUUUUGGAUGUCUGUGCUGCAGCAUGCCUAAAAAUGAAUUUUCCGGCUUUAGGAACUGCUGCUGAUUUUGCAGACAUCACACAAAUCCCGUGCACUGCCGCUGACGCAAAUCCGAUAAUGUUAACAGGCUUCCCAUCCUCGGUUUACUUCAGUGUUUUACUUUUCUUCUGAAGCUGUGUUGACGGUCAAUUGUGUACCCUGCUGUUUGUCUUGUCAACCAGCAGCUAUUUUCUACAGUGUGACUUCAGUCUUGGCUUAUUCACUGCUGAAUAAAUCACUCUAUUUUCACUGUU